AUGACCUUCGCCGUCACGACUAUGGCGCCAUUGGACCAGGGCACACGCAGACUGCACACGGACCUGGGGUCAGAGAGUCCGGACACUCAUGAGGCCAAUGCCCCUCCGCGCAAGAGGAAAAGGACUCGCAAGGUGCAGCUGGAUCGUAAAUUCGACUGCUCGUUCGAAGGAUGCGGCAAGAGCUAUUCACGCGCGGAGCAUCUAUACCGCCAUCAAUUGAACCAUGCCCCAAAGCAGAUAUACCGAUGUGAUUUCCCUGAAUGCUACCGUUCUUUUGUGCGACAGGACCUCUGCGUGCGGCAUCGCGAACGACACACAACUCAGGGCUCGCAACUGCAGAAACGCGAUCACUUUGCGCAAGCCGCUUCCACAAAUACAAGCGGGAUCUCGAAAUCCCAGGCCGUUCAUAAUACCGCACAAAUAGUUCAAUCCCAGUCUCCUCCUGUCCUUUCACCACCGGACUCUAAACAGGGCUCUACAGGCCCGGAUCAACAUAUCGGUACGACCGGCAUUGCGGUCUCUUCGCCUUCAACCGCUGCCGGCUUCGGACGGCCCUUCAAUUACCAACCCGUUGUUCAACAUCAUGCUCUCGAAACAGCGGACUCUCCAUUUUCUCAGCCAGGCGGGCUGCCAGAUAUGGGCUCGCCUACCGCCUCUAUGGCCUUCAACUCCCCGCCCCUCCAGCGUUCAUUACAUGCCGGUGUCCACACUCGCCAUGCCGUGAAUGGCUCACCUACCAACGAAUUGGGGCCAGGUCCGCGCUCAGUUCCCAUGGACGAGCCUGCACCUAUAUCCAACAGGCCACAGGAUCUCGGUACAGGCUAUGGCGCCUCAACUGAUCUCCAUGGGUCUUUAAUGAACCCUUCCGCCUACAGUUCACAGUCGGGUAUGCACAUCCCAGUUGAUGGGUACUCCGACAUCAGUAUAGCACCAGUAGCUUCAUCAACAUCUGCCCCACUUGAUCAAGCAAGCGGUCUGGGAGUCCUAGAUUCUAUGGCAGGAAUGAUGACCCAAGGCUCAACGGUCGGGGAUAUGCAAUUCGACUCAAUGAGUUCUUCUGCAUAUCCUGUAUUUGGUGGUGAAAGCAAUCGUUCACCCUUCCAUAUGGGUGACGAUUUCACAGCAUGGCUCUUCAGCGACCCGGCGCCUGGGUCGUCAGCAGCCAAUCAAUCGGCAACAAGGAUGGUGUCCGGCUACAUGGAUGCGCAGAUGCAGAACCAGUUUCUGAUGAGUGAUGCCUCUUACGGAAGCCUUUUUAACAGUGUUGUUCCAUCCCAUCCAAUGAGUGUUACCAGCAUCCUUGACCCUGGUUCGCCACGAGCGAUCAUGUCCGAGGAGAAGCGCCAGGAGCUGCUAGACCUCAUGUCCACUCGGUUCAACGAGGCCGCAUACUCCGCAGUUGCAAAGCGCAAGGAUGCUUUGAUGGACGGGGACAUGGACGACGACAACCACGUUCUUAGCCUGUCCAAAAUGCAAACCUACAUUGGUUCAUACUGGUACCACUUCCAUGUGCAGCUGCCAAUCCUGCAUCGGCCGACCUUUGUAGCCGAUAAGGCGCCCAAUUUGCUACUGCUGGCUGUAAUGGCGAUUGGCGCAGCAACCCUGGAUACCAUCCACGGGCAAGAAGUCACCGAAACAGCAUCAGAGCUAGCUGACUUCAUUAUGUGGCAUCUGCGUUGGGAGAUCUUCAUGGAAGGAGAUUUCCGACCGCCCGCCAAACUUUGGAUUUUCCAGUCACUGUUACUCCUGGAGGUUUACGAGAAGAUGUACUCUACUCGAGCACUUCAUGAGCGGGCGCACAUCCACCACGACACAACUCUGACGUUGAUGCGACGCGGUAGUUCCCUGAUAGGCCGUCACUCGUUCGACUCCCCUGCGAGUUUGAGAGAUGACCGGCAGGCGCGGUCGACUUCUGGGUCGGCAAUGACACCGGACUUUGCAGCCGACGAGUCUUGGACGCAUUGGAUUAAGACCGAGGCCACUCGGCGAGUUGCAUUUGCAGCGUUCGUUCUGGAUUCAACUCAUGCCACGAUGUUCGGACACUCGGCGAAGAUGGUCGCACAUGAACUACGUCUACCGCUUCCUUGCGAUGAAGCGUUGUGGUCUGCUACCAGCGCCACGGAGGUUGCUCGAGUACAGGCGAGUCUUCAGGCCAACGGCCUCAGGCCGGUGAUGUUCCUAGACGGGCUUAAAAGGACCCUCAACGGGCAGCGCGUGCGAACAAACGCCUUUGGAAGGACGAUUCUUAUGGCUGGUCUGCUUAGUGUGAGCUGGCACAUGAACCAGCGUGACUUGCAGGUCAGCUCGCUCGGUGUCGCCCAUGCCCUCGGGGGCCGCGACAAGUGGAGGUCUGCGCUGUUACGUGCCUUUGAUAACUGGCGCCGCGACUUCGACGAGGCGCUCGGACAACCAGGCCUAACUUCUUUCCCUAAUGUAUAUCGUGCCCGGUACGCAUUAGACGAGGACAAUGUCUUUGAAUCGCGCGACGUACUUCACGGUCUGGCUCAUAUGGCUUCGCAUGUUGACGUCGUUGACUGUCAGAUAUUUGCUGGCGCUCGAAGACUAAUGGGACGGUCUAUCACUCCAAGAGACUACAACGCUGCACGAGAGAAGAUGGUAGACCGCUGGGCAACCAAGGCAUCUGCCCGCGACGCUACCUUCUACGCUCUGAAAUUUCUCGCCGAAUGCCUUUUGGACAACCAACACGGAAACGCAGAUGUUGAAGGAGAGCUCUACUGUGGGCGCGAGGAUUACCUCCUCAACCGGCCAUGGGUGAUUUACGUUGCCGCCCUCGUCGUCUGGUGUUACGGGUACGCCCUUGAGGGCCCGAUACCAAACGCACCGGAACUAUCGACGGUCGAGGAACAGAGGCAAGAUAUGCAGGCAUUCUUGCGCCAUGUAGGCGGCUGUCGUGAGCCGAGCGACCUUGAAUCAAUGAAAGGGCGGAACCGGUGUCUUGGACUGUUGAUGAUCCUGCGGGAUGGGUUUUCCAAUGCCCGAUGGGAGCUGUUGGCGGAGGCCGCAAACCUGCUGAGCAGUUGCAUUGACAAGUCGAGGGGAGUGUCACAGUGA